AUGUUGGACCCUGAAUUGGAGUCCUUCCUCACCAAGGCUUUCCAAAAGCAUUUCCUUCUGAAGUCCGUGCCGGCUACAGAAUACAAGGCGUUGAGCUUGUCGAUGAAGGUGAAACAUGCCGUGCCCGGCGAGGUCAUUGUCCAACAGGGCGACACGGCGGAGUCUGUUUACUUUAUCAGGCAUGGCACCUUUGUGCUGACCCAGGACGGGGUGCCACUCCUUAACACACUCGGGCCCGGAGACUCCUUUGGUGAGUUGGCCCUCUUGUACAGUGUGCCCUCCUCCUCCACCAUCACGGCGAGCGAGAGUGGCGAGCUUUGGAAGAUGGAGAGGCAAAGAUUCCUCGAGUGCAAGGAGAAGCUGAGCUCCUCGCAGAUGGAGAAGGCACUGGAGUUCUUCCAGGCGUGCCUAGAUUUCAGAUCCCUCAAGGAGGAUGACCAGAAAUCCUUGGCAGCGGUCUGCACUUCAAAGACCUUCCAGGAUGGUUCCAUUGUCAUGCACGAAGAGGAGAUCGGCGACGGUAUGUUUAUCGUCAUCAGCGGCCAGGUGGGCAUUGGAGACGAAAAAGCAGAUGGUUUUGACAGGGGUCCCUAUGGGAAGCCUGGCUCUGUGAUUGGCAGCGUGGGCGUGAUUUACAACAAAAAGCAGGUCGGAGGUGCGUUUGCCAAGGGGCCGGUGGAGUGUCUUUGCUUGAACAAAGCCUCCCUCAGCAACUUCAGCGCCUCGGUCAUCGACGUGCUCCGCCGGGCGGCCUUCAAGGCGAUUCUGCAUGGGCUUCCACGGAAUCCGUUGGAUCCGGAGCCAUGGAGGAUUCUGUCAGAGCAGCAAGUGAACAUGCUCAUCUCGCGAACAGAGGAUGGAGUCUUCGAGCCGGGCGAGGUGAUCUUCGCACCGGACGACGGGGCUCAGCUCAUCGUCGUCAUCUGGGGGCAGAUGGCGGUCACCAAGCACGAGAUCAAGACCCGAGAAGAUGGUGACUCUGUUUGGGUGGAUGAGAGUGUGGACCUCAAACAGUGCACCGACAAGGUGAUAGAAGCUGGACACUGCUAUGGCAAGCAGCCGGAGUUUUUAGAAGGCGUCAACAUGUCGACAUACGGCAUUGCGAUGGGAAGGGUGCGACUACAUCGCAUCCUUCACAGCAAUGUACAGGAGCUCUUGGGCGACUCCUUGAUGGAGGUCAUGCGCUGCGCCGAGAUUAAACGAGUCUUGUCCGAUAUUUUCCUCUUCAAGAACCUGAAUGAGGUCCAGGAGUUCUCAGAGAUGGCUGAGUUUCACCGCUGGGCAGCGGAGACGGGCUACGGAGCGCAACGGAGCAGCCCUUUAUGUCUCUUGGAUGAUUCCCUGCUCGGAGGAUAUGUCGACUUGAGAGCUUGGCUGGCCGAACACCUUCAAGGAGCGAUGCCGGAGGCUCGCAUCGCCCUGUUGUCCUUGAAAAAGCAUCUGCGCGGCCGCUGGCUGGUGGACUUAAGGCCAUGUGGAGGUUGGCAUGUGAUGGCUUGCUGGAGGUCACAUGGUUCUUGUGUUGAAAAACACAUUUGUGGGUGUGGCAACAGCCUGUAA